GCAAAACGAUUGAUAACAUAAUGUUUGUAUGUUAGGUAACCGUGAAACAAUGCUGAUAUAUUUUUCUAUAAAUCUUGGUACAGAAAUGGUCAGUAUGAAUAAAUAAUAUUAAAAAUGGUGUGUCGAAUGAGAUGUGUAUUCAUUGUUUGCGCGGGGAUUAUGUUUGUUGGAAAGUCCGAUGCAGCAAUUGCUAACAGUCUUCCAAAUGGAACAACAAUAGCUCCAGUAACGAACGAGCUUAAUUGCUACACAUGCUACGGAGUUGGUAAUGCAAACCACUGUCUGAAUUACUCGAACUUCGAGGUUGCGCACACAAUGUGGCGACAGUCAGUACCCAACUCGGAUGGCCCUGUAAAAAUAGAGACGUGCAAGAGUCCAUUCAAUGCCUCCUGCAUGAUUCUCACUUACAACAAUGAAAAUGGCGAGGUGUUUCACUCAAGGAGUUGUUCGGAUGACGUUACCUUCGGCCUAGAUCCAGACAAAUGGGCCCGGUACUUGCCCAUAACAAAACACGUACAAAAGGACAACGAAACAGAGUGUGCUUGGGAUGACACCGAUAUGAUUUGCGUUAAAUUGUGUAUGGGUGACUCGGGCGAACCGUGUAAUGGACCACAAUUGGCGGGCAAUUUUAUUUCCGCUUCCAGUUUGCUGUAUGUUGUUUGCGCAUGCUUGCAACUACUGAUGCAUGCGUUCUUGCAGCUAUCGGUCUAUUGAUUUAUUCAUUCUCUAUAUCUACAUUGUUUAUUUGUACAAAGUCAAAUAUCAAUGGCGUUGUGCCUUUUAACAGUUGAUGGCAAAUUACUCAAAGUGUUGAUUUAUAAGCCGUCUAAGAAUCAAGCAAUACACGUCAACAGGACAGCACUUGUUAAGUACACUGCUAAUAUAUAAUCCAAUCGUUGAAUACGUUAUAUUAACUUAUUUUAACACACAUACGCACAUAUUAAUACAAUCUUUUUCAGACAUAUCUGCGUGUUUGGUCAUGUAUCGAUUCCCAAUACAGGUGAACAUUGUAAAAUGAAGAAAUAAACCAUUACGGCAGACA